AAAUAACGCUUACAGGACAGCCUCUGCCUCACGCAUUAUAGCUCACAAGUCACAACUCAGAAGCAUCUCCAUUACUUUCUCUCUCCAUUUUCGUUCUUCAAUUCUGACGCAGAUCCCAUCAUCAACCCACUCCUCUCUCUCUCUCUCUCUCUCUCUCUCUCCCCCGCUCUCUCUCAAAAGCCAUGGAAGAUCUUCCUCAAGGUUAUCGUCCCAAUGUUGGAGUCUGUCUUAUCAACUCCGAUUAUCAGGUUUUUGUGGCUUCUAAAUUGAAUUCUCCAGGAGCAUGGCAAAUGCCUCAGGGGGGAAUUGAAGACAGUGAAGAGCUCGCAUCUGCUGCCAUUCGGGAACUGCGACAAGAAACUGGAAUAGUAUCUGCUGAAAUAAUUACUCAGGUCCCAAAAUGGUUAACUUAUGACUUUCCACCUCAUGUGAGGGCUAAAGUCAAUCGUCUCUGGAGAGGUGAUUGGCAUGGACAUGCACAGAAGUGGUUUCUCAUGCGAUUCACUAAAGAUGACAGUGAGAUCAACUUAACUAACGGUGAAGCAGACCCUGAAUUUGCAGAAUGGAAAUGGUCAAGCCCUGAAGAAGUAAUUGAGCAGGCGGCAGACUACAAAAGACCAAUCUAUGAAGAAGUUUUGAGAACCUUCAAGCCUUAUUUUCAAGGGAGUGCAAUAUCUGCCAAAUGUAAAUCUUCAAAGUGGUGAAUGGUAUAAAUGCACAUCGUAGUUUAUCCAUGUUGUUAAGUAAUUUUAUUUAAGCAGUUUGGUAGCACGUGUCACUCUGUAAAUAGACAUUAGUUACUUGGUUCCUGCUUUUAAUGAUGGGAUAUAUGUUUCAGUACCUAAUUAUAUUCCCCCUCUAAACUUUGCUGCGAUUA